AUGCAGUCAAUACCUCAGCCUGCGGUCGACGAAGCGGAGCAGCUUGCCAGGCGCGGUAUGGAGUUAUACGAGCGCUUCGACCGUUAUGGCGAUAUCCAAGAUAUUGAGGACUCCAUUACGAAGUUGCACUUGGUCAACGAGCUCACGCCCAUACCCCACCCUCAGAAGCCCCUGCGGCUUGAAUCCCUCGGCAUAUCUCUGCGAGCGCGUUAUCUCCGCAUGGGACGGUCAGAGGACCUCGAGCUUGCGAUCAAUACCGCUCAACUUGCUCUCGACCUCACACCUGAAGGACACCCGCAUAUGCCCUUCCGACUCAACAAUCUCGCUGCUUACAUGAAUGAUCGUUAUACGCGUUACGGGGAUCCUGAAGACAUGGAGCGCGCAAUUGAGAACGAGGAACGAGCCCUUACAAUGACACCAGAGGGCCACGACAGUCUGCACUUACGAAUUUCGAAUUUUGCUGGGUCGCUCGUGGACCGAUAUAGACGACACGGCGAGCUUCAGGAUCUCGAGCGGUCGAUCACGCUUCGUCGACAGGCGCUCGAGCUCACGCCCGACGGGCAUCCUGCUAAGCCCAUGCGACUCGCUGACCUCGCCGUCUCUUUAGAACAUCGUUACGGACGACACGGCGAGCUCGAGGAUCUCGAGCAGUUGAUCGCGCUUCGUCAAGAGGCGCUUGAUCUCACGCCCGACGGACAUCCUGACAAGCUCGAGCGACUUGCCAACCUCGCCGUCUCUUUGCUCGCUCGUUACAGACGACACGGCGAACUUGAGGAUCUCGAGCGGUCAAUCACGCUCCGUCAACAGGCCCUCAAUCUCACGCCUGACGGCCAUCCUGACAACCCCAGGCGACUCGCCGCCCUCGCCGUCUCUUUCGGAGAACGUUACAGACGACACGGCGAGCUCGACGACCUCGAGCGCACCAUCGCGCUUCUUCAACAGGCGCUCGAUAUCACGCCCGCCGGGCAUCCUGACAAGCCCGAGCGACUCGCAAGCCUCGCCGUCUCUUUCGGAGACCGUUACCGUCGACACGGCGAGCUCGAAGAUCUCGAGAGGUCCGUCACACUGAAUCGUCAGGCAGCCGAUCUCGCGCCCGACGGGCAUCCCGACACAGUUGAGUGGCUAUAUGCUCUAGCUUAUUGGUUGAGGGUCCGGUUUUUGCGACAGCCGAGCAAGCCGGGUUUCGAGAGUACAGUGACAUGUUACAUGGAGUCCGCGAUGUUCCCACUGGGCAACCCCGUUGAACGCCUGAGAUCUGCGCUGGAAUGUGUUUCCUUUCUGUCACAAAGUCCCACAUUUGCCUCGUCGGAGUCUUUGCUAUCAGCACAUGCAUGCAUCUUCCAAAUUCUUCCCGAGGUUGUCUGGCUUGGAUAUGCUGUGGAUAGGCGCUACGAGGAGUCUGCAAAGCUGUGUAUCAUCAUCAAUCAAUCGGUGGCUACUGCGGUACGGUUGUUCUCAUUGCAUCAGGCAGUAGAAUGGCUCGAAGCAGGCAGAUCACUUGUCUGGUCUCAGAUCUUAUCUCUCCGCGCACCACUCGAUGAUCUACGGGAGCAAUACCCCGCGCUGGCUGACGAUUUGGACGAGAUCCUCUGCAAACUUCAGCGCUCAGUGCAUGCAUCUCGAUCUUCAAGUCGCACCUCGAGCGAUGCUACAGACAGCUCAUCGCCAUCGGUCACCGCCAACACCGCGGCGGACGAACAUCGCAUGCUUGUCAUCGAUUACAACAAGAUCUUGGCCGAUGUCCGCAAAUGCACCGGGUUCGAGAACUUCCUUCAGCCAUCGAAGUUUGAUGGUUUCUUGCCUGUGCUGAAGCACAUCGAUGGUCCUGUCGUGUUCAUCAACGUACACUCUUCCUCUUGUGAUGCUUUAGCUCUGUUUCCUAACGGAAACAUCGAGUGUAUUCCGCUCACGGCGUUGACGGAGGACGAGGCUCGUGGACUCGAGAAGGCAUGGAUAACCUCUCUUUAUUACGCCAACGCUCGAGAGCGAGGAGUCGUGUCAUGGGAGAGGAUCAGGCUCGUGGAUCGCAAGAACAGCCUCGGCCACGUCCUGGCGCGUCUAUGGGAACUGGUCGUUCACCCCAUUCUCGAAGCUCUCAAACUCAUACGCAACAUGUCAGAGACCACGGGUCGAUUGCCGCACGUCACAUGGUGCCCCACUGGCCCGCUCACUCGGCUCCCUCUCCACGCCGCAGGCAUCUACGAUGAGACGGAGGGUCUAGGACAACACGCAUUCGACCAUGUAGUCUCGUCGUAUACCCCAUCACUUUCCGCACUCCUCCGCUGCCAACAGGGCCCAAACGAUCUGUCACUGUAUCCCAAGGUCCUCGUCGUCACACAGCCCGCAACACCCGGCUAUGCACCUCUUGCCUGCACACAGAAUGAGCGGGCACGCUUGGCGACGGUCCUUCCCGACUGUGCGCGCACGUCAUUGGAUGACAAAGACGCGACCGUGGAGCGCACGCUUGAAGCGAUGUGCGAGCAUCCCUGGGUGCACCUCGCCUGCCACGGCUCGCAGAUGAUCGCAGAUCCACUGUCAAGCUCAUUCGCGCUGUACGAUGGGCCUGUGACCUUACAAGCUCUGAUGGGCACUGUGUCGAAGAACGCAGAGCUCGCGUUCCUAUCGGCCUGCCAGACCGCCGCCGGCGACGAGAAGAACCCCGAGGAGUCCGUCCACCUCGCGGCGGGAAUGUUGGCGGUCGGGUUCAAAGGUGUCAUCGCGACGAUGUGGUCGAUCUGGGACAAUGACGCGCCGAUCAUCGUCGAGGCAUACUACAAGAGGUUGCUGGAGAUCAGGAAGUCGGGAACGGUAGCGCCGGGGUAUACCGGGGCGGCGUAUGCGCUGCAUGAUGCGGUGAAGGUCUUGAGGGAUCAUGUUGGCGAGGAGAACUUUGUCAAGUGGGCUCCGUUCGUGCACUUUGGCGUUUAG